AUGAAUGGUAGCAGCAGUUUCAACACACAUCUUCCAAUUCUUGAAGCACGCAAUUGGGAAAGAUGGAGUGCAGUGAUGAAGAAUCUGUUUGGAGCACAAGAUUUGCUUGAAAUUGUGCAGAAUGGUGUAGGUGAAUUAACUGCGAAUGCCACUGAAGUGCAAAGGAACGCACACAAGGAAUUGAAGAAGAAAGAUUGCAAGGCUCUGUUCUUGAUUCAACAAAGUCUUGAUGAAGGAAACUUUGAAAGAAUCUCAAAAUCACUGAGUUCAAAGAAAGCAUGGGACAUUCUUUCAAAGUAUCAUGAAGGUGAUGAUAAAAUGAAGGCUUGUAGUGAAGCAAUCACUGAUCAACAGAUAGUUGAAAAGAUUAUGAGGACCCUAUCUUCAAGAUUUGAUUUCAUUGUGGUGGCAAUUCAGGAAUCAAAAGAUGUUAAGACAUUGAAGAUUGAGGAGCUGCAGAGUUCAUUAGAAGCUCAUGAAUUGAUGGUUUCAGAAAGAAGCAAUGAAAGAUCAAUUCAACAAGCCCUGCAAGUUCAAACUAUCAAGAAGGAUGAUUAUGAUAGGAAGAACUUCAAGAAAGGGAAGAAAAACUCUAAGGGAGGAAACUGGUCUAAAGGCAAGAACAAUGGAUCUGAUAAAGGUGAAUCUUCAAAGGAAGGAAAUUCUAAUCAAAAGAAGAAAGUUGAUAAGAAGAAGAUUCAGUGUUUCAAAUGUGAGAAAUUUGGACACUAUGCCUCUGAUUGUUGGUCUGGAAACAAGACAUGGUUAAGAGAAGUGGAUCCUGGAAGAAAUACAAAUGUGAAGCUUGCAGAUCAUAGAGUCUUGGUUGCAGAAGGAAUGGGGAAUAUUGCUAUUGAAGGAAAGAAUGUGAAAAUGGCAAUAAUUGAAGAAGUUCUCUAUGUUCCUGGAAUGCAGUGCAAUUUGCUGAGUGUAGGUCAAUUCAUUUAG